AUGCAGGACUGGUGGUUUCUAGGGGUUUUAUCCGUUCCAAGAAAUACUUUGGCACGUGACGUUCUCCUUGCUCCAGGACAACAUCCUGAACGCCUGGGCCUGAGCUGCCGCUUGGUUGGCCUGCGGAUUCGAUUCAGCGCUGGGUUAGCUUGGUCGCUAUUUGGGAGAGCCGCCAAGAUGCCGCCGCCUGUAAAUCAAUAUCAACAAGGUGCUGACGCGGGGAGAUAUCGAUCGCCUAUUGAGCCUGGUAGUUCAUUGUCGAGCGGGUCGGGGAGUAUGAGGCAGUCUUCUGAUUACUCUUCUUCGGCUCAAGGAGGUCCAACUACGACGGAUCAUAGACCGUCUAGCGGCUCUUAUCAUUCUCACCCUGAAGCUCCCCGGCCAUAUGGAUCGUCUGAUUCCCUGAUGACCGGUGCACGCUCCUCACCACGCACUCUUUCUCAUCGGCCUAACGCCCCAGCUACAACUCAAAGCAAGCUUUCGACUUUCGGCUAUGGACCUGAGAGAUCUGAUCAAAAAUUCGCUCCAAAUCAGGAAUGUUCGUCAAGCAGAUCCGACCACAAGCCAAACGCUUCAUCAUCUCAGAGCCAUGCCAGUCCCUUGAUGACCAAUGGAGCCCCCCGAUUACAAAGUCAGAGUGCCUUCGGUCCAAGCAGAUUUGGCUACCUAAAGAAGAAACAAGCACCUUCUCAACCCCAACAGGGUAGCUUAUCCAAUAGCCCCGGAGACCUACGCAAUGGCACCUUGCCAGCAUCCAAAGCUCCAUUUAGAGCGUCUGCGAACGUGGCUCACCCAUUUCACUACCAACAAAGCCCCCUCCAAUUCUCCGUCACUCCCGACCGACCACCUCAGGUUACACCCCGAUCACAGCUGCAAGUCGUAAUCGGCACGCAGAGCUCCGCCUCGUUCUACAAGAACAGUCCUCUCCCAUCUUACUCGGCCCCAGCAAGACUACCCAGAUCAUCCCCCCUCGCCAACGCUCGGGAAUCAAGCCAGACGCCAAAGAAGCGCGGUCGGCCUGCUCUCCACAAGACCCCUGUAGAGAAGACCCCCAAGAAGCGAGGUCGACCAUUCGCAUCUGGUGAAGCAGCUAUUCAGAUUGCCAAGAAGCAAGCCGAGAAAGCCGCUAGGAAAGCCGAACGCGAAGCGAGGAGAGUGGAGGCAAAGAAUAAGGGACAGUCAUGGAAGCUUGGGCAACAGCCAAACAUCGAGCAGCCGGAGCCGAUCUUCUAUCCGUUCAUCUGUGAGUGGGAUGGUUGUGCUAGGGAGUUGCAGAAUCUUGAGACGCUGAGGCUGCAUGUCCACAUUUUGCACGAGAAGAGGGUGGAUGGCAAAGUGCAAUGCUUAUGGGCCAAGUGUGGUAGAAAAAAGAAAGUCGUGGCAGUCGUCACGAAGGAGCAUGACGAUGAGGACGCAGUAGACGAAGAGAUUGCAGCCAUGGCUAUCACUGAAAACGAGAUCGCGAACGAGACGCAUAUAGCGGAGAAGUCUAGGUCUACUUGCCCGGCGUUUGCCAGAAAGCAGGAUUGGCUCGAUCACCUGGAAGAGGAGCACUUUAUCCCCUUUUCAUGGCACAUGGGUGACGGACCGAAGGCCACGGAUUUAUGCGUCGUCGACCCCCUCUGGCUCAACGAUUCAAAAGGCAACCAAGUCACCCCCUCCGUCGCCGGCCAACCCCUCGAAGAGGGUCGCCCCGGCAAGAACAACGCCAAGCGCUUCCGCAAGAUGCGAGGUGUCGAGGUGUGGGCCAUCAAGCAGCCGAAGGAACUGAAAGGCAUGGCCAUGGCGCCGCCUAUCCCCCCGUCGAGCGAGGAUGACGACGACACCGGUGUCGAGGCCGAAGGCGAGGAUACGGGCAUGGACGAUGUCGAUCUGCUGCAGGUCGCGGAAAACAGGCGCGAGAUUGCAGACAGCGAUGAUAGCGAUGACAGCGAAAAGGGCGUGGCCGUGGAUAUGGACGGCGAUGUGCAGAUGGGAUAG